UCGGCCAAAAUAAGGAGCUCCGCGACCCCGGCGUUGCACCGCGACGAUGACAUGAGGGCAGGAUGGUCGCAAACAUCGGCGUCAUCAACCCGACUAAUGUGGAGGCGACGGCGUACAUCAGCGCGGUGGCGGCCUUCGCCGUGGUACUGCUGGUGGCGCUGCUACUGAUCGGCCGCCGCUGGUGCUACCCCGCGCGCCGUACCUGCUGCGAUGACGUCCUCGCUGUAAACCCUCCCGCCGCCGCACACGAUGAGCAUUUUGAUGCUUUGUCGAAAGCGAACCAUUACCCCGAACGUAUAUUCGCGUUCGAGUCUACCGACUCUGACGAAGAGCUGCGCUUGCGCAUACAGCAGGAUAAAGAUGAAGUCGAGUGCAAAUACGAGGAGAAGAACGAGAACAAAACGAAGGUGGAGGUCGAGCUGGUCGAAAGCAGUCUCCGAGAGAGUAGGAUUGAUGAGGUGGUUCCGCAGCGCGCAGAGUACCUGCACACCCUGGAGGCGCAGAGCAGCGUCGAGAGCGAUGUCAUCGCACAUAAUGACACAUCACUGCUGUGCGGCGAGAGCUCGAAGGAGCGCGGCUCAGUGGAGCUGACUGUGCUGUACGACGCGCCCGUGCGUUGCAUGACUGUGCACGUGCUGCAGGCCCGCGCGCUGCCGCUCAAGACCGAAGGGCAGGUGCUGCAGAGCCAGGUGCGAAUAGUUCUACUUCCAAUGAAGAAACAAAAAUACAAAUCCAAGAUACGCAACGGAGAGAACCCGCAGUACAUGGAGAGCUUUGUAUUGCACAAAAUAAAUCCAGAGGAUGUGUACGGCCUGGGUCUACGUAUCCGCGUGUACGGGUGCGAGCGCAUGCGACGUCAGCGGCUGCUGGGCGAGGCCACCAUCUCCUUCGCUGCCCUCAACCUCGAGCUCGAGAAUAACCUUUGGCUGCAGCUCGUACCGAGGCAGCACCAUCAGACCAGCUUACAGCUACCGAAACUGGAACCGAAGCUGUCCAUCCCGGGCACGUUAGCCAGCCCAUCAUCGAUCGGCACGGCGACGACCCCCAUAGCGGGUGCGGGGAGUGCGGGGGGCGCGGGCGGGGAGGUGUGCUCGCUCGCGCGCUCCGACAGCGCCUCCUCCUGCUGCAGCACCCGCUCCGCGCCGGAGCUGCUGCUCGGCCUGCAGUACAACCCCACCACCGGAUAUUUGUCCGUUGAGAUAAUAAAAGGCACGCACUUCCGCAAGCUGUCGCCGAACAAGGCGCCGGACACGUACGUGAAGCUGUGCCUCAUCAGCUCGCUAGGCAUGGAGAUGGGCCGGUGCAAGUCCACGACGCGCCGUGCGCAGUCCAACCCGCUUUAUAAGGAGAUGUUCAUAUUCCAAGUUGCGCUGUUCCAACUGACGGAGGUAACGCUGAUGGUAUCGGUGUGGUGGCGGCGCAGCGUCAAGCGCAACGAGAUGGUGGGGUGGUUCUCGCUGGGACACAGCAGCACCGGCCGCGAGGAGGAGAGACACUGGCAGGAGAUAUGCGAGAGACAGGGACAACAGGUACAACGCUGGCACGUGCUGCUGGACUCCUGACAUACGCUGACAUAGCGCACGGAAGACGCUGCAGCUUGAGACUAUCGACGCCACUCGGCUUGCCUCACCGGCCGCACUGGGAAGGUGCUUGUACGACGUCGGUCGUUCGCCGGUCCCCGCGCCCCCGCGGCGCGGUGUGUUCGACCUCACGGUCUUUUGAGAUGUUCGACGGGGUCUUCGUCGGUAGCACGCGGUCUGUCCGACCGCCGCUUCGUACGUGCUACGCGAAGACGUUUUUACUACACGGUUUGGUGUGCUUGAUGUUUAUUCUUAUGCGAGUACGCACAUUUUCGACUGAUAAAAGAUUGAUAUUAAGGUUAGCACACGUUCGGGAAUAUUUGAUAAAUAUUUUGUUACCUUGACGUGUUAACGACGAAAUUGUUCUUGAAAGUCGAGAUUUUAACGAUUAUAUCCUAUUAAGGUUCUAUAGAUAGAUAGUAUUUACUACCGUUUUGUAAUAUCUAUUCAUAAUGACGAGACUCGGAGCGCACAAUACAUGUGAGAUGAAAUAUCGUAGAUAUAUUUAUUAUAACAUAAAAUUUACAAUUGUACUAUUAUACUUUU